AUGCGGAGCUUUGAAAUGGACAUCAAACUACUGAAGCUAUGGGAUCACUGGAACCCAUCAGAUGGGGUCACUGGGACCCCAUCAGAUGGGGUCACUGGAACCCCAGCAGAUGGGAUCACUGGAACCCCAUCAGAUGGGAUCACUGGAACCCCAGCAGAUGGGAUCACUGGAACCCCAUCAGAUGGGAUCACUGGAGCCCCAUCAGAUGGGGUCACUGGGACCCCAUCAGAUGGGAUCACUGGAACCCCAGCAGAUGGGAUCACUGGAACCCCAUCAGAUGGGAUCACUGGAACCCCAGCAGAUGGGAUCACUGGAACCCCAUCAGAUGGGAUCACUGGAACCCCAUCAGAUGGGGUCACUGGGACCCCAUCAGAUGGGGUCACUGGAACCCCGUCAGAUGGGAUCACUGGAACCCCAGGAACCCCAUCAGAUGGGGUCACUGGAACCCCAUCAGAUGGGGUCACUGGAACCCCAUCAGAUGGGAUCACUGGAACCCCAUCAGAUGGGAUCACUGGAUCACUAACGGCUUGA